AAAUCCUCUCUUUCUCGCCUCUGUCUCUCUUUUUCCGCUUUCUUUCUCGCCUCCCAGCUCUCCUCUUUGUUCACUGAAUCAUGGGGAACUAGUUAGGGCCUCCAAACAGGCGAUUUGAUUCGUCCCAUCUCUGCUUUCUAGUGUCGUGCAGCGUUGCAGGUUCAUCACUGCGAUUUCCGCGAGGUUUUCCCCAUCUUUUAGGGUUUGACAUCGAUCAGAUCGUCGCGAUGGCGGGUCCGACGCAGUCGAAGAGGGUUUCUUGGGCCCCUGGCGUGAACCUGUGUCAGGUCAGAUUAUUUUUGUCAGAGGAUGCUCCCUUCCAAUCUGGACUAGGAAGCCAAGAUCAUCUACAGGCAAAGGCUGCAUCUCAAUUGCACUUAAGUAGUGCUGCCUCUGAUGACUCCGUGCCUCCUGGUUUUGAGGCACUUCAUAAAAGCCAGAUUCAAAGAAACAUUCCUUCGAUCAAAUGGCAAUCCCCACCCAGCCAUUGGUUGAAACCGGAAUGGCUAGUCGUAACUGGUGAAGAAAGCCAGGAGAUCGCCUCGCAGGACCGUAGACAGCUUGGAGUUCUGGAAGCAGUUUAUCCUCGUUUAUCUUCUAUACCUCCAGAUCCCUGUGUCUCUACCGACGUUCAACUCGUUCAAUUUGAUGAUUCCCAAACCCUUCUUAUCCCAAUAGUUGCAGUAGAAGAUGAGGACAUAACUGACCAAGAGGCAGUAGCAGCACCAACUACCAUACCUUCUUAUUUCAUACCUCCUGUAGCAGCAGCACCUGAGCACUCACUCCCCAGCUCAAUUCCUCCUAUUCCAAAUCUUCCUCCAGUUCAAAAGCCACUAUCCCUCAGUUCUGAACCUGGGCCUGGUACAAGCGUUAAGCCUGAUAUUGCAGCUGCUGCCUCUGCUGCAUUCACAGCAAUCAUGCGGAGCAAUGAGGAAGGUAGUCUGAUUGACCGAGACCUCCUCAUCAAAAUCCUAAGGGACCCAAGUAUGGUCGGAAAGUUGGUCUCAGAGCGUUCAGCCCCUACGCAGACUCCAUUGCCAGCACAGCCUCCUUCACAGAUAGCUUCUGGUGCCACUAACAGUGCUUAUCCAAUGCAUAUCCUUGUUCCAACUCCAGCUCCCAGUCUCAAACCGCCGCCGCCGUCGUCUUCAACCACUAUCCCCAUAAAUAUACCGACAGUUCGGCCCAAAGCUCCUCCAACUAAGGAUGUAAACUACUACAAGAGUUUGAUUCAGAAGCACGGCGGUGAUCGGCACGAGUCGACUGAACCAGCUCCACUGCCAUACGAAAACCGCCAUGAUUAUCAUAGCAACCCCUUGGGAUCUAUAUAUGGAGAGGGUGCCGGCCGCAGAAAACCCAAAAUUGAGAAGUUGUGCGCGUACUUCAACACUCCUAGAGGUUGCAGGGAGGGGUCCCGUUGUUCUUACCUGCAUGAUUCAUCAACAUCAAAGAAGAUUGAGCAUCAGAGGGCGUCAAAGAGAAUCAAAUUUGAUAGAUGAAUUGGUUACAGAAAAUGACCUGUUUUCUGUCACCACCACUUGAUUUUUGUUUUGUUCUUGUUUAGGCAUUUUUGUGCAUAAACUGGUCUUUCAUCUAAUUAUAUAUUUUGAGUGCACCACGUUUAGCCUUGCAGCCACCCUUCUUAUAGCUUUGUUGCUGUGUUUUUUCACUGGGGAAGGUGUUUUGCAAGCAUGAAAAAGAGGAACUCUGGUAAGAAUUGUUCAUCAUUUUCUUGUAGAUUAAUAUUAGCAACGUUUAGAGCUAGAUUUUAUGAUGGAUUUUCUCUUCCUUCAUGCAUUAUAUUCGAAGGUUUGUAAGGCUUUUUU